AUGUCUGGCCCUCUAACACUGCCUUCGUCCUGGUUCAGGGAGCCAGAGUUCUACGAACUUGAACGCCGCGCCAUCUUCUCCAAGACCUGGCUGAUUGUUUCGCACAAGGCCCAGUUCGCUAUCCCAGGCCAGUACGCCCGCUACCAGGUGGCAGGGUACCCAUUCUUUGUCGUGUCUGAUCGAGAGGGGAAUAUCAAUGCAUUCCUCAACGUUUGCCGCCAUCGAGCUUUCCCGAUCGUCCACCAGGACUCGGGUAAGGUGCUGACACUCUCAUGCAAGUAUCAUGGUUGGAGCUAUGGUCUCAAGGGCAACCUUGCAAAGGCACCGCGGUUCGAUACGGUCCCACAGGACCAAUUCGACAAGAAUGAGUAUUCUUUGUACAAGCUGCACACGCAUAUCGACCAGCUGGGAUUUGUAUGGGUCAACCUGGAUUCAUCUGAGAAGCCAGCUUUCACUUGGGAAGAGCAGUUCAAGGGCAUCGACACCCAGGAACGAAUCACCAAACACUAUGAUAUGAAUGCCUACGUCUACGAUCAUACAUUUUCUCUGGAUGAUUGCGCUUUCAAUUGGAAGACACUCGUCGAAAACUACAACGAGUGCUAUCAUUGUUCUACGGCGCACCCGGGCAUCGCGCCUCAUAUCCAGAAGGACACCAAGUUCGACGUGGAGCCAGUCCUGUGCUACAUCCGUCACCUUGGAGAGGACAUGGAAGCCGGUGGGAUUACAGCUAGUCCUACAUACAUGUUCCCAAACUCUUCUGUGACCAUGUCCAAGCAUUUCUUCUACAUGAUGUUCAUCGAGCCCAUCUCGCCGACCGAAUCCCGGAUGCGAUACGAGGUCUACCGCAACAAGAACUCCACUGAUGAGGAGUUCAAGAUGGAAAUAGACUUCUUCAAGCAGGUCGAGAGCGAAGACAAAUAUCUAGGCACCAAUGCGCAGAAGGGCCUCAACAGCGACACCUACAUGGCAGGGCCACUACACCCUUACAUGGAGAAGGCUGUGGAAUACUUUGAGCAUGUGCUCCGGACUUCGCUGAAGAAGCAUGUGGAGGAAGAAAGCAAGUUGGGCAACCAGAAAUGGCCAGCCAGGAGGACGAUGCCGAACGCUCAGAUGAACGAGGAUGAGGCAUUCUGUCGUGGUGUGUGUAGCUCGGGUGCCGAGGCCAACUUGGCUUGGUGA